AUGGCGGAGGCUGUAGUUCAUGGAGUGGAAGUGCGAUGCGUGCCGGAAAAUAAGACGCUUCCGUCGCUGCUGGCGUCGUCGGAGCCUGGCGUGAACGAGCAGCAGCUGGGCUUGCGGUGCCGCUUCAAGAGCAGCACCGGCGAGACGGAGGAGUACCCGGCUACCAUGAAGAAAGCGGGAAGUGGCGCGACGCAUUUCAGCUGCUGCUGCCCGUCCGAGGCCGUUCCGCGGACGGACUCGGCGCGCGCGAUGCUGGUUUGGGGCGCGGAGGGCGAGGAGGAGGUGGCGUGCCGCGUGGUGGAGGCGCUGGAGGAGAAGAAUGCGCCCGCCGUCAAGGAGCUCUCCGCCGCCGCCGUGUUUCAAAGCAUGUCGCUGCUCGAUCGCUACCUGGCCGUGUGGAUCCUGCUCGCCAUGAUUAUCGGCGUGCUGCUCGGCUACUAUGUGCCGGCCAUCCGCGACGCCUGGGAGACCGUGUCUGUCGCCAACGUGUCGCUCCCCAUCGCCAUUGGCCUCUGGUGGAUGAUGUACCCCGUGCUCUGCAAGGUUCGGUUCGAGCUGCUGCCGAAGCUGUCCCGAUCCUGGGGCCUGCUGUUCCACAUCGGCAUCUCCCUGGCGGUCAACUGGGUGUUCGCUCCCCUGCUCAUGACAGGGCUGGCAUGGGCCACUCUCCCCGACCAGGCAGGGCUGCGAUCAGGCAUCAUUCUGGUGGGCAUUGCUCGCUGCAUCGCCAUGGUGCUCAUCUGGAACCACCUGGCGGGCGGCAACGCCGAGUUCUGUGCCAUCCUCGUGGCCGUCAACUCCAUUCUGCAGGUGAUCCUCUACUCCCCGCUGGCCAUAUUCUACAUCGACGUGGUGUCUCACGGCGGCUCAGUGGACGUGUCCUUCUGGACCGUCGCCAAGAGCGUCCUCAUCUUCCUCGGAGUGCCGCUCGUCGCAGCUGUCAUCACGCGCUUCACGCUGCGCGCAUUGCUGGGAGCCAAGUGGUACGAUGACAAGUUCCUGCCGUGGUUCGGUCCCACGGCGCUCAUCGGGCUGCUCUUCACCAUCUUUGUCAUGUUCUCGCUGCAAGGCCAGAACAUCGGAAACAACAUUGGCAAGGUCGCUCGUGUGGCUGUGCCUCUCCUGAUCUACUUCGGAAUCGUCUUCUUCAGUGUUCUGGCCCUCUGCUGGCGCCUAGGGUUCGCCUACUGCGAUGCCGUCACUCAGUCAUUUACCGCAGGGAGCAACAAUUUUGAGCUUGCUAUUGCCGUCGCAGUGGCGUCCUACGGCAUUGGCUCGGAUGAGGCAUUAGCCGCGGUUGUCGGGCCGCUGAUUGAGGUGCCUGUGCUCAUUGGACUCGUUUAUGUCACGCUCUGGAUUCGGCAGAAGCUUCAGUGGAAGAACAAUGGGGCUGUGCUGGAUGCGGAUGAUUUCCUGGAAAAGGAAUGA